AUGAGCUGCUUCCUUGUACUACUACUACUUGUGUUGUGGGCAAUACUAGGUUGUUUUGCUCCUACCGCCACAUCAAAAACUAAUUCUUCUUCCAUAGCCAAACCAAACUGCGAUGAUCAUUGUGGGAAUAUAAGCAUUCCAUUUCCCUUUGGUUUGACAGACGAAUGUGCCCUAAACUCAAACUUCUCCAUCAUUUGCAACACCUCCUAUAAUCCUCCAAAGCCAUUUCUAAGUAGUACUGUGGAGAUUAGGGAUAUAUCAGUCGAAGGGCAGUUGAGGGUCAUGAAGCUCGUAGCUCAAAUUUGUUACAAGAAGGGCGAAGAGCUUUCCCCAUCGAGAUUUUGGUUUAAUUCAAUAUUCUACGUCAGCCGGACCGCCAAUAAAUUCGUUGCUGUCGGAUGCGACACAUUCGGUAACGUUUACGCCUACGACGACGACCAGUCUUACAAAACGGGAAGUAACUGUAUGGCCACGUGUAACUCCACACAGGAUGUUACAAACGGGACAUGCUCCGGGUUUGGGUGUUGCGAGACAGGGAUUCCUAACGUGGCCAAGAACGUGUACCAUUCAGUGGAUAGCUUGGAUUACUAUAACUACACUGCCGAUGAUGUUAAUAAAUGCAGCUACGCGUUCGUGGUGCAAAAAGAGGAGUUCACGUUUUCCUCCACGAUGCUUACGAGAAGUUGGGAUGUGGAGACAGUGCCCAUGGUUCUUGACUGGACCAUCUCGAACCAGACGUGCCUUACGGCGUGCCAAGGUAAUACCACAUGUGUUGCCGUCAAUGGUGAAGGUUAUCGUUGCGCUUGCAAGGAGGGUUAUCAAGGCAAUCCUUAUCUCUCUGGCUGCCAAGAUAUUGAUGAAUGUGAGGAUGGGAAGAACAAUUGCUCCAAAAACUCUAUUUGCUCAAAUACAGAAGGUGGUUAUAAGUGCCCUUGCAGGAAGGGUUACCACGGCAAUGGAAAGGAUGAUUUGGGCUGCAUUUCUUCUAAUCAUCCACCCGUCAUGCUUGUUUUGGGUAAACCAAUAUAAUAACCUCGUUUAUUAUUUUGUAGCACAGAGUUUGUUUCCUCUAGGGAAAAUGGAGGAUUGGUUUUGCAACAAAAGAUUGCCCAAGGCACUGUAUCAGCAGGCACGACAAGAAUUUUCACUGUCCAGGAGCUUAGAAGAGCAACCAAUAACUAUGACCAAACUAGAGUUAUUGGUCAAGGGGGUUUUGGCGUUGUCUACAAAGGCCACCUUCUUGAUGGUCGAAUAGUAGCUGUUAAAAAACCUAAAAUGAUGGACCCAACUCAAAUCGAACUAUUCAUCAAUGAAGUAAUUGUGCUCUCCCAUAUCAAUCACAAAAACAUAGUCAAAUUCUUUGGUUGCUGUUUAGAGACAGAGAUUCCAUUGUUGGUUUAUGAGUUCAUAAACAAUGGAACGUUGUUUGAGCAUCUACAUAGUAAAAACAAGGCUUCCAAAAUGUCUUGGCCAGUUCGUUUAAGAAUAGCUACUGAAACAGCUGAGGUCCUCUCUUAUUUGCACACUGCAGCUUCUCCUCCCAUCAUCCAUAGAGAUGUUAAACCAUCAAAUAUUCUCUUGGAUAAUGACUACACUACUAGGGUAUCUGAUUUUGGUGCCUCAAGAUUAGUUCUACAAGAUCAAACUCAAUUGGUAACUAUGGUGCAAGGAACAUUAGGUUAUCUUGAUCCAGAAUACAUGCAAACCCACCAGUUAACAGAAAAGAGUGAUGUUUACAGUUUCGGAGUUGUGCUAGUAGAACUGUUAACCGGUAGGAGGGCAGUAUUCUUCAAUGGUCCAGAGGAGGAGAGAAAUCUAUCUUUACAUUUCCUUUCCUCGCUCAAAGAGAAUAGGUUACUCAGGAUUUUCGAUGACAACAUUGUAUGUGAGGGAAAUACAGAAGAGUUAAUCGAGGUUUCCUUGCUUGCAGAGAGGUGUUUAAAUGUCAAGGGGGAGGAUAGACCGACUAUGAAGGAAGUUGCAAUAGAACUAAGUGGAUUGUUGAGAACAUCAAAACAUCCAUGGGUUAAUAAUUCUGAGAUCACCAUGGAAUCAGAGGCUUUACUUAUUGAGCCAUCAAUCCCUCUUCGAUAG